GCCAGAGAUUCACAUGUUCUUCCUUUCCGAAUGAACGCCGCAGUCGCGAACGGACCAUGUCUAGCGGUUCUGCUGAUUACAACAGCUCACGAGAUCGAGACCAUGGGGGGCCUGAAGGAAUGGAGCCUGAUGGUGUCAUCGAGAGCAACUGGAACGAGAUUACGGACAAUUUUGAUGACAUGAACCUGAAGGAAACUCUCCUUCGUGGAAUUUAUGCCUAUGGUUUUGAGAAACCCUCAGCAAUCCAGCAGAGAGCUAUAAUUCCUUGCAUAAAAGGAUAUGACGUUAUCGCUCAGGCCCAGUCAGGCACUGGUAAAACGGCCACGUUUGCCAUUUCCAUCCUGCAGCAGUUGGAGAUCGAGCAGAAAGAGACUCAGGCUCUGGUCCUGGCACCAACCCGAGAGCUCGCUCAGCAGAUUCAGAAGGUUAUCCUGGCUUUGGGUGACUACAUGGGCGCUUCUUGCCAUGCUUGCAUUGGAGGCACCAACGUGCGGAACGAAAUGCAAAAACUCCAGGCAGAGGCUCCACACAUCGUCGUUGGCACGCCAGGCCGUGUGUUUGACAUGCUGAACAGGAGAUACCUGUCUCCCAAAUGGAUCAAGAUGUUUGUCCUUGAUGAGGCCGAUGAAAUGCUGAGCCGUGGGUUCAAGGAUCAAAUCUAUGAGAUUUUCCAGAAAUUAAGCACAAACAUCCAAGUUGUGCUGCUUUCGGCCACCAUGCCCGCUGAUGUACUGGAGGUGACCACCAAGUUCAUGCGUGAACCUAUUCGCAUCCUGGUGAAAAAGGAGGAGCUGACUCUGGAGGGUAUUAAGCAGUUUUACAUCAAUGUAGAACGAGAGGAGUGGAAGUUGGACACGCUGUGUGACCUCUACGAGACCCUUACAAUCACCCAGGCUGUUAUCUUCUUGAACACGAGAAGAAAGGUUGACUGGCUGACCGAGAAGAUGCAUGCCAGAGAUUUCACUGUGUCUGCUCUGCAUGGAGAUAUGGAUCAGAAGGAGCGAGACGUAAUCAUGAGAGAGUUCAGGUCUGGCUCUAGCAGAGUGCUCAUAACCACAGAUUUGCUGGCUCGUGGAAUUGAUGUGCAACAAGUUUCACUUGUCAUCAACUAUGACUUGCCAACAAAUCGAGAGAACUAUAUCCAUAGGAUUGGCCGUGGAGGUCGGUUUGGCAGAAAAGGUGUAGCCAUCAACUUUGUUACUGAAGAAGACAAAAGGAUUCUACGAGACAUUGAGACGUUCUACAAUACAACUGUUGAGGAGAUGCCCAUGAAUGUUGCUGACCUGAUUUAAACUUUGGAGAUUUUAAUGCCGGGAUAGCUGUCGAAUGAUCACUUCCAUUUGCGCUUAUUUUAUUGGAAGAAAAAAAAAACUACUCCUGAAUGCUGGCUGCGGAUCUGACUUAGGAAUUCGAUACGUGACGUUGACUCUCUGUGUGGACGGUUGUAGACUCUAACCAUAUCAGUAUUUACUGGUGGUGGCGUUUACAAAACAUGGGUUCUUUACAUGUAUUCUUUUUCAGGUAUUUUUUCCCUGGUAUGUUCAAAAUGUACGUGUUGGAUGUUCUUUAUCGUUUAGUAGUUUACUUGUGGACUAAAAGAUACAAGUGCUGCAUUAAGUCUGCCAAUUAUGUUAUGCUAACAUAUGUGUGCUGUUUAACUUGGGUCAUUUCACCUAUUUAGUACUAUAAAGGCACUUUUUACGUUUUGUGGAAUGUAUUACUUUAAAUGUAUAUUGUUUUAUGAAGUACUUUUUGUGAAGUCUUCUUCAAAGGUGGGUCUUAACACCUUAGCUCAAUGUUCCAUGUAGUGUUUGGCCCACUUGGCAAUAAAGAGGAUAAUUAUUCUGUCCAUUAAUUGUUGUCCGGUGUCUUUUGAAUUUGUUUAUCCGACACUGACUUGCAAUUACUGCAGUUUAUUUUCCAUGAUUUUCAAAAAAAAAAAAAAAAAACUGAAUAGGAGAACCCCAUUUCGUGACAUUAAACAACACUGAAAAGGAAAACUAAUAAUCAUAAGCUUUUGUCAGUCAUAACUUGUUUUCUGCAAUAAGCCAAACACCAAUGGAAAAUCCCUAUUGGGUUUGUUGAGGGAACCAGGGGUGCAUUUCCCAAAAGCAUUGUUAGCUAGCUAUGGUUGCAAGCUCCUUUGAACUCCUAUUGGUAGCAACCAUAGUUGCCCCCCAGGGUGCUUAACUUUCAGGUUGGCCUAUAAAAAUAUAUCUUCACUGCGGCACUUUAUUAGUAGGCCGUAUCCACAUACUGUUAGCCAGGUAAUGUAUAUGUGCAUGGCUCACUCUGAACAAUCAGAUUGACCUUUCUCUGGAAAGUAAUUUGUACCAUCAAAGUCUCCGAUUUGUAACUUCAAACGUCUCCCGAGUAAAUUUGAAAUGCAAAUCUGCCCAUUUUCCUGUGUGGCCAUUGAAGACACAUGAUCACGCAUAGUCCUAAGCCUUAAGAUGUCUUGUAAAGCCAAACUAGUCCACUAGAAGAAUAGAAACUG